UUUGCCCAGGCACAAAUGAUCAUGAAGAUUAUCAUCUUAAUGAAAGAGGUGAGAGAGCUACGUGAUCCUGAGCAGCAGACAACAUCAACAGGUCAAGAAACCACCCUGGAGACUUUGCUUCAAGCAAAAGAAAGGGAAUACUCCAAUGCUCUGGCUGAAAUAGACGAGCUGCAGAAGACACUGCGAUUAAAGACUGAAAAAUGCUCUGGACUUGAAGAAAGAUAUCAGCAGGCAAAGACUGAACUUGACAAGAAGAUUGCAGAACUGAACAAAGCUGGCGACUCUAAAGAGGCAUUGAUCCUGGACCUGAUAAACCUGAAGAAUGAUCUGAAGGCUAUAGAGGCUCUGAUCUCCAACACAGAUGACCUAGACAGUAUCACAGAGCUGAAGAGGCAACUGGAGCAGAAGCAAGACAAAGUGAUUUUUAAGACUGCAGAAAUAGAGAAAGUGUUUGCCAACCCCAGAAUAAUUUUAACAAUCAUUGAGCUGCAGGAUGAUAUAAGGGACCUUCAGAAAAAGGCUGCUAAUGAGACCAAUGAUGCUGAUAUGAAAGGGUUGCAAAACAGAUUGGAUGAUCUUCUCAGUCAGAUUGAUGACAAAGAUAACGAAAACACAAAACUGAUGCUGACAAUCAUGGCGCUGCAGAUUCAAGUGGAAUAUUUGCAGAAACAGCUGUCAGAACGCCAUAGGUUACAAGCAGCUCAGGUAACCGAGCUCACAACCGAGCUCACAGACAAGAGGAAAGAACUGCAGAAAUAUGUCAGUGAGCUGACUGAGAAGAAUCAGACAAAUGCUGAAUUAAUUCUGAAAAUCACUGAUCUGCAGAACAAACUCAGAAACCUAGAAAAAGUAAAGGUUGAUGAGGCCCAAACAACUUCUUCUAGAAUUGCUAAGCUGAAGGAACAACUGAAGGAUAAAGAGGAGGAACGUGAUCGUGAUCAGGCUGAGAUCGAAGCUCUGCAGAAUAAACUGAACCAGACAGAGGCUCAAUGUUCAAAUUAUGAGCAGAAACUACGAGAUUUGCAGAAUGACCUGGAUGAAAAAAUGAAGGAGCUGGAGUCCAAAUCUAACAGUGUUACUUCACUUGCUCUUCAAAUUUCCACAUUAUCCCUGCAAAUUGAGGAGCUAAAGAACCAACUAGAAAACACUGAAUCCAAAAGCAAGAUAAGAGAGCUUGAAGCAAUUAUAGAGGAGAAGAAUAAGGAGCUGGAAAAAAAGAAAGAGGAGCUGAGGACAACAAGUGCUCAACCACGUAGACUUCUACAGAUUAUUGAGUUACAAAUACAGAUUGAGAAACUGUCAAAUGUUGCAGCAAAUGAGUCCGAUUACUUUAAGAUUCAAGCACUCCAAGAUCAUCUGAAUCAUUUGAUUAACGGAAUUCAAGAUGAAAACAACGAGAAUACUAAACUGACAUUUCAGAUCUUGGCUCAGCAAGAUGAAAUAGCAAGACUGAAGAAGCAAGAAAAGAAGCAGAUAGAAGCAGACUUGGAGAAAAUUAAAGAGCUGGAGAACGAGCUGGACGACGUCAGGAAUCAGAUAAAAGAAAAGACAGCGCUGCUGGAAUCAAGUGAUUUGAGGGUUACUAAUCUGUCGACUCAGAUUACGGAACUCCACAAGAAACUCAAACCACUGGAAGACCAAAUAUCAGACGUAAAAAACACAAACACAGAGAAGCUUGCAGAGAUUCAGAAGAGACUGGAGUUGACAAAGAGGCAACUGCAAGACAGUGAGCGUCAGCUCAAUGAUGCAGACACGAAGAAUUAUAACUUGUUGAUGGAGAUUGCAGAAUUGAGAGCACAACUGAAAAAGGCUGAGAAAAAGCCACCAAAAGUGGAUGGGAACAAAAUCAAAGAACUGGAGCAACAACUACAAACACAACAAAGAGAGAAGAAGAUACUGGAAAGCACAAAUAAUGCUCUGCAGAAUAAACUGAACCAGACGGAUGCACAAUGUUCAAGUUAUGAGCAGGAACUACAAGAGGCAAAGACUGAACUUGACAAGAAGAUUGCAGAACUGAACAAAGUUGGAGACUCUAAAGAGGCAUUGAUCCUGGACCUGAUAAACCUGAAGAAUGAUCUGAAGGCUAUAGAGGCUCUGAUCUCCAACACAGAUGACCUAGACAGUAUCACAGAGCUGAAGAGGCAACUGGAGCAGAAGCAAGACAAAGUGAUUUUUAAGACUGCAGAAAUAGAGAAAGUGUUUGCCAACCCCAGAAUAAUUUUAACAAUCAUUGAGCUGCAGGAUGAUAUAAGGGACCUUCAGAAAAAGGCUGCUAAUGAGACCAAUGAUGCUGAUAUGAAAGGGUUGCAAAACAGAUUGGAUGAUCUUCUCAGUCAGAUUGAUGACAAAGAUAACGAAGACACAAAACUGAUGCUGACAAUCAUGGCGCUGCAGAUUCAAGUGGAAUAUUUGCAGAAACAGCUGUCAGAACGCCAUACGUUACAAGCAGCUCAGGUAACCGAGCUCACAACCGAGCUCACAGACAAGAGGAAAGAACUGCAGAAAUAUGUCAGUGAGCUGACUGAGAAGAAUCAGACAAAUGCUGAAUUAAUUCUGACAAUCACUGAUCUGCAGAACAAACUCAGAAACCUAGAAAAAGAAAAGGUUGAUGAGGCCCAAACAACUUCUUCUAGAAUUGCUAAGCUGAAGGAACAACUGAAGGAUAAAGAGGAGGAACACUCUCGUGAUCAGGCUGAGAUUGAAGCUCUGCAGAAUAAACUGAACCAGACAGAGGCUCAAUGUUCAAAUUAUGAGCAGAAACUACGAGAUUUGCAGAAUGACCUGGAUGACAAAAUGAAGGAGCUGGAGUCCAAAUCUAACAGUGUUACUUCACUUGCUCUUCAAAUUUCCACAUUAUCCCUGCAAAUUGAGGAGCUAAAGAACCAACUAGAAAACACUGAAUCCAAAAGCAAGAUAAGAGAGCUUGAAGCAAUUAUAGAGGAGAAGAAUAAGGAGCUGGAAAAAAAGAAAGAGGAGCUGAGGACAACAAGUGCUCAACCACGUAGACUUCUACAGAUUAUUGAGUUACAAAUGCAGAUUGAAAAACUGUCAAAUGUCGCAGCAAAUGAGUCCGAUUACUUUAAGAUUCAAGCACUCCAAGAUCAUCUGAAUCAUUUGAUUAACGGAAUUCAAGAUGAAAACAACGAGAAUACUAAACUGACAUUUCAGAUCUUGGCUCAGCAAGAUGAAAUAGCAAGACUGAAGAAGCAAGAAAAGAAGCAGAUAGAAGCAGACUUGGAGAAAAUUAAAGAGCUGGAGAACGAGCUGGACGACGUCAGGAAUCAGAUAAAAGAAAAGACAGCGCUGCUGGAAUCAAGUGAUUUGAGGGUUACUAAUCUGUCGACUCAGAUUACGGAACUCCACAAGAAACUCAAACCACUGGAAGACCAAAUAUCAGACGUAAAAAACACAAACACAGAGAAGCUUGCAGAGAUUCAGAAGAGACUGGAGUUGACAAAGAGGCAACUGCAAGACAGUGAGCGUCAGCUCAAUGAUGCAGACGCGAAGAAUUAUAACUUGUUGAUGGAGAUUGCAGAAUUGAGAGCACAACUGAAAAAGGCUGAGAAAAAGCCACCAAAAGUGGAUGGGAACAAAAUCAAAGAACUGGAGCAACAACUACAAACACAACAAAGAGAGAAGAAGAUACUGGAACGCACAAAUAAUGCUCUGCAGAAUAAACUGAACCAGACGGAUGCACAAUGUUCAAGUUAUGAGCAGGAACUACAAGAGGCAAAGACUGAACUUGACAAGAAGAUUGCAGAACUGAACAAAGCUGGAGACUCUAAAGAGGCAUUGAAGCUGAAGGAACAACUGAAGGAUAAAGAGGAGGAACACUCUCGUGAUCAGGCUGAGAUUGAAGCUCUGCAGAAUAAACUGAACCAGACAGAGGCUCAAUGUUCAAAUUAUGAGCAGAAACUACGAGAUUUGCAGAAUGACCUGGAUGACAAAAUGAAGGAGCUGGAGUCCAAAUCUAACAGUGUUACUUCACUUGCUAUUCAAAUUUCCACAUUAUCCCUGCAAAUUGAGGAGCUAAAGGACCAACUAGAAAACACUGAAUCCAAAAGCAAGAUAAGAGAGCUUGAAGCAAUUAUAGAGGAGAAGAAUAAGGAGCUGGAAAAAAAGAAAGAGGAGCUGAGGACAACAAGUGCUCAACCACGUAGACUUCUACAGAUUAUUGAGUUACAAAUACAGAUUGAGAAACUGUCAAAUGUUGCAGCAAAUGAGUCCGAUUACUUUAAGAUUCAAGCACUCCAAGAUCAUCUGAAUCAUUUGAUUAACGGAAUUCAAGAUGAAAACAACGAGAAUACUAAACUGACAUUUCAGAUCUUGGCUCAGCAAGAUGAAAUAGCAAGACUGAAGAAGCAAGAAAAGAAGCAGAUAGAAGCAGACUUGGAGAAAAUUAAAGAGCUGGAGAACGAGCUGGACGACGUCAGGAAUCAGAUAAAAGAAAAGACAGCGCUGCUGGAAUCAAGUGAUUUGAGGGUUACUAAUCUGUCGACUCAGAUUACGGAACUCCACAAGAAACUCAAACCACUGGAAGACCAAAUAUCAGACGUAAAAAACACAAACACAGAGAAGCUUGCAGAGAUUCAGAAGAGACUGGAGUUGACAAAGAGGCAACUGCAAGACAGUGAGCGUCAGCUCAAUGAUGCAGACGCGAAGAAUUAUAACUUGUUGAUGGAGAUUGCAGAAUUGAGAGCACAACUGAAAAAGGCUGAGAAAAAGCCACCAAAAGUGGAUGGGAACAAAAUCAAAGAACUGGAGCAACAACUACAAACACAACAAAGAGAGAAGAAGAUACUGGAACGCACAAAUAAUGCUCUGCAGAAUAAACUGAACCAGACGGAUGCACAAUGUUCAAGUUAUGAGCAGGAACUACAAGAGGCAAAGACUGAACUUGACAAGAAGAUUGCAGAACUGAACAAAGCUGGAGACUCUAAAGAGGCAUUGAGUGAGUGAAGUUACAAUAUUGUC